CUUCACACGUAUACUAUUCCUUUCUAUGUCGUCUACUUGGCGAUAUUAUAUCCAUCAGAAUGGGGUUUACAAGCAUCACAACAGUUUUGUUGCUUUUCGUGACUUUCCUGGCGGUUGUACAUCAGUCAGAAGCUUGGUGGAGUCGAAGGAGUGGCAGCACUAGUAGCAGUAGAGGAAGCAGUGGCAGCGGCGGAAACAGUGGCAGGAGUAGUAGCGGUAGUGGGGGCAGUGGCAGUGGUGGAAGUUUGUGGCAAAAAUCAAAUGAUUAUGUCUCUGGAUUUAAAAAUGGAGCUGGAGAUAUGCAUAAAGCUUACAAAGACAUGAAAGAAGCAAACUGGAAAAACUCUGACAAAUACUUCCACGCAAGGGGAAAUUAUGACGCCGCACAACAUGGAACUGGCGGGAAACAUGCAGCAAAGGUCAUCAGUGAUCUACGUGAAGGUUAUGGCUGGCUCAAGGGUGACAGUGCCGCAGACAGAGCCGCUGACCAAGAAGCUAAUGAGCAUGGCCGCAACGGAGGAGAUCCGAAUAAAUAUCGCCCAAAGGGACUACCGGACAAGUACAGGAGAUAAAAAUGUUUUGACUUUUGAGUUACAUGGAGAAACUUUUGCACUGUAUACAACUUUUUUAUAACUUGUUUAGAUUACCUUUAGAUUUGUGAUAUCUUUAUAUACCUUUGUAAUACAAAUCUAUUUUUGAAGUAUUUCUAAAAAUUACCGAUAAUAAAAACUUAAACCCAUAAACAUACAAACGAAGUGGCUUUAUUUCCUACUCCUUGUUUUAUAAUAAUUUUAUGUCCAGCAGAAUGAAAUAAAAACGUACUCAGUGUA